AUGUCGUCCUCAACAACUAGACUACUACCCCGCCACCUACGGCCUCUCAUCAAACAAUACAAUCUCGCAAUUCCAAAUUCUCUCUCCGCCAAAUCCUAUCAUUCAUACGACCGCCCCUCUCCCUUAGAUUCUCCUUUUCCACCUACCGAAACAAGCAUUCUCCGCGCCUCCGUUCCGCACAUCCCUACUCACGGCUUCACUCUUAAUACCCUUUCACUCGGCGCCCAAGAUGUCGGUUAUGUAGCUGCCGCCACAAAUCUUUUUCCAAAAGGGGCGUUUAGUCUAGCACAUUACCAUUUGUACACCCAAAGAAUAGCUUUGAAGAAUCACACAGAACUCAUUGUUCCACCUCUAGAAAAUGAAGGGAGGGAAGCACCCAAGGGAGUGGGAAGGAGAGUAAAGGCAUUGACGUGGGAGAGAUUAAUGGGAAACAAGGAUGUAAUUCACAAAUGGCAGGAGGCUCAAAGUCUCCUCACUCUACCAACCAAUCUCCCCACCUCUCUCCGCGAACUACAUUCCCUAUCCGACGAGAUCUGGUUUCUGUCCGGCGACAUCUCAGUCGACAGUUCCUGGUAUACCAAGCGAGCCAGUCUUUCCACUAUUUACGCUGCUACCGAAUUAUACAUGACGACAGAUAAAUCCGAGGGCUUUAAAGAUACCCGCGAGUUCCUGGAGAGGAGAUUUAGGGAUUCACAGGUGCUUGGAGGAAUUGUUGGGGGACUUGGUCAAUGGGUGGGUUUCACGGCGAUGGCGGGUGUUAAUGUUUUGAGGAGUAAGGGGGUGAGGAUUUAG